UGUGAUCCUUGGCGUGUGUCCUCGACUAUAACAGGCGAUAUCGAGAACGAUACUUUGCCCGGAUUCAUAUGCGAUGGCGGCGCUCAGCACUAAGUACGUCUCGGAAUACGUCUCCAGUCUGGACUUGUCCACGCACGCCCGGACAGUAGCCCUGUUCGGCGGGUCGAACGGUAUUGGCGAAGGUGUAGCGAGAAAGCUGGCAAGCCUGGGAUGUCGAAUCAUUAUAUUAGGGAGAGAUGAGAUCAAUGUUGAUAACAUGAAACGAGAGGCAAAGGCUAUGAAGCCUAGAGGGGAGAUGGCUGAAAUAUCAUUUAUCAAAGUUGAUCUACUUACGGAGUCCGGGAUGAAGGAUGCUGUGAAAAAGCUGAAAGAGGAAGUAGGGCUACACGCCCUUGAUUGCACUAUGCUGUUCCAGAAUGGCCGGCCUACAGGGAAGGUCGAGCUCACUUCGGAUGGCAUACUAAGGAUGCUCAUACAUGAUCCCUACUUGAGACACGAGAAAGGCUAUGCCGUCCAGAGCUUGUCUCGAUUUGUGAUUUUUUCGCUCACGAGGUAGCCGCUCAGAGGUUAUUGAAGGACGCAGGGACCGUCGUCUUCGUUGCGAACGCCGGACAAGAUUUGAAGGAUCUAUCUUUGGACGAUCUAUCUUUCAAUGAACGGAAGGGUCGUAGAGGUAAGGCGGGACUGUUCCUCGACCAGUCUGCCAGGGACAGCGUCAUUCUCGACUCGAUCACCAUUGCAA